AUGAAAGCUGCUUUCCAGUCCCUCAACCAGGAGUUUGAUGAGGUCUUCAACCCGGUAUUCAAUAGUUAUAAUGGCAGUGCUGGACACUUUGAAGCUGUCAUCAACAUGGGACCCGUCCAGCCCCCACAGUAUUCAAAGGACAAACUGCAGGAGCUUCAACACAAAUUUGACGAUCUUGAACAAAAGGGUGUCUUUGCACGUCCAGAAGAAGUAGGCAUCACAGUCGAAUACCUCAACCCCUCCUUUCUCAUCAAGAAGUCAAAUGGUGGCUUUCGAUUAGUCACGGCCUUUGCCAAUGUUGGCCGCUAUAGCAAGCCACAGCCUGCCCUCAUGCCUGAUGUCAACUCCACCCUGCAACAAAUCGCACAGUGGAAACACAUUAUUGCCACUGACCUCACCAACGUCUUGUACCAAAUCCCCCUAUCCCGCGACUCCAUGAAGUACUGCGGAGUAGCCACCCCUUUCUGCGGAGUUCGUGUCUACACCAGGUCAGCAAUGGGCAUGCCGGGCUCAGAAACUGCACUUGAAGAGCUUAUUUGCCGCGUGCUGGGUGACCAGCUGAAGGAGGGCAUUGUAGCCAAGAUCGCAGAUGAUCUGUAUUGUGGUGGCAACACUCACAAUGAGCUGUUACAUAAUUGGAGGCGGGUCCUGCAUACCCUGUACAAAUGCGAUCUUCCCCUCUCUGCCAAAAAGACUGUCAUCUGCCCAAAGACGACCACCAUACUCGGAUGGGUUUGGUCACUGGGAACACUCCGUGGGAGUCCUCAUCGCGUCGCAACCCUUGCAUCAUGCUCCAUCCCUGAGAAAGUCGCAGGCCUGCGUUCUUUCAUCGGGGCAUACAAAGUCCUUGCCUACGUCCUUCCUAACUGUGCCUCCAUCAUAUCACCCCUAGAUCGGUUGAUCACCUUCAAUGGACUGACGACACUCGCACCGCCUUCUCCAAUGCUCAGGGUUCCCUCUCUAAAGCUCGUACGGUCACUUUACCUCGCCCAGAUGACCAGUUAUGGAUUGUCACAGAUGGAGCUGUCAAGAAUCAUGGCAUUGGUGCAACUAUGUAUGUCACACGCCAUGGUACGCUGCUCCUUGCCGGCUUCUUCAGUGCCAAACUCCGUGGGCCAACUUGGCUCCCGUGUGAAGUAG